AGCUGAAGCUCAAACAGCAACUGAUACGCAAAUAUAAAGAUACGGAAUUUUAAGACCUAUAAGAAAGGAUGGUGCUGCGACUCCUGAUGCGCUAUUUGGCCAACAAUGAGCAGCUCAUCCAGCGCAUGGCCGACAGCUAUCCGAUGCGACGCGCUGCCCAAUUGGUCGUCUCCCUCAUGUAUCGCACCAAGGGCAUGGCCAGAGAGCGAGGUCUCCACGAGAUGAGCCCCGAGAGAUUCAAAUCCUUUAUGAAUAUGUUCAAGACCAAUGUCAGGCAGGAGCUGGAGGGCCUCAAAAAGGAGCUGAAGAAUACAAAAAAAUAAUAACUUAAAUUAAUUAAUUAAUUACAUGUAGCUACGAGUUUAGGAACAUAAACCAAAUUUACCAAGCAAUGCUGAAAUGAUGAA